AUGGCUAAUUACCUUUUUUUUAUAAAGAUUCUUCUUAAAAUUGAACAAGAACUGAAAGGAAAAGAGGCAGGUAUCAUAAAGAUUAAUUUUCCUGCUGAAGAACUUAGCAACCUUGAUGUACGUGAAUUUAUUCAUCUUCACUUUAAUGCUGAAAUAAUUGGAGAUAAUCUAUUUAUCAAAUAUAAUUGUCCACUAAAAGAAGACCUUGAUCAUGAACUUGCAAAUUCUCUAGAGAGAAAAACACAAGGUUGGUAUAUAUCAGUCAAUAAUAUAUGUGUAAUUAAUGAUAGAGAACUACGAUGUGACGUCGGUGUAUGGUUUCAACGUCCAACUUUUGCACAAAUGCAAAGGCCUAUCACUUAUUCAUGUCCAUCUUCUAAUGUGUGGAUUGAGGUAUUUGACAACAUCGACAGUGACCGUAACUAUGCCUUAAACAACAUCAAUUGGCUUCAGCAGAAUACAAUUGGCAUUGAAUUUGUAGCAAUAGCUUUUCCUGGAUCCCCUUUUCAUUCUAAUCCUGAUCCUCAAAUGAUUACCACUCAUGCAACUAGUCAACAUACACAACCUACAAAAGCACCAUAUGUUUGUCAUUGGGACAUAAGUAACAAUGAGAUUUGGUACCAAAUGGAUUGGAAUCAUCAUAUUACCCUUAGAUGUGAUCUAAUAAUAGACUUUAAUGUUAUACUUAACACAUUGAUUGAAUAA